UUCCAAAGAUGUUUGAAAUCGCAGUCAUUUACGCUCGACAAUUUUUACAAUAGCCUUGAGCCAUAAUUUUGCGAGUCUCUCCAGCAUCCAUCCCCCUGUAUGGUCUCUCUCUACUGGCCAAGCACGACCGUUUCUCUCCCCAACCGUGGAUUUCCUAUUACUCUCGUUACGACUCACUGAGCCCCAGGCCCAAGGAUAAUGAUGUGUUGUUUCUUGGUAGCAUAAUUUGUCACACGUACAUUUUUUCUUCUUCUUCUCUUGCAGAAAGCUCUGCUCCCUCUCUCUCUCUCUCCCCCUCUCUCUCCUCUCUCACCCUGUCUCUUUCUCUCUUUUCACCCUCUCCUACAUUUUCUUGCUGUUGCUAAUUCACAGUGAUCAAAUGAUGUACGACAAAAUAAAUUGUAAGGAGUGACUGCCUGGAGUUGGGAGCCAGAAGGUGUGUUCCCCUCCCAAGGAGAGAGCAAACCUUUAAAAAGGAGGGACAAUUGAUUUUUGGGGGGGGAGCUUAAGUGAGCCCUGACUUUGCAGCUGGCUGAUAGCAGGUUGGAGGAGGGCUUAAAACCAGGUGCACCGAGGCAGCUCGCCAUGUCCAGAUCCGGGGACAGGACCUCCACCUUCGACCCCAGCCACAGCGACAACCUGCUGCACGGCCUCAACCUGCUGUGGAGGAAGCAGUUGUUUUGCGACGUGACCCUGACGGCCCAGGGCCAGCAGUUCCAUUGCCACAAGGCCGUGCUGGCCUCCUGCUCACAGUACUUCCGAUCGCUCUUCUCCAAUCACCCCCCUCUCGGGGGAGGGGUCGGUGGCCAGGACGGCCUGGGAGCCCCCAAGGACCAGCAGCAACCGCCGCCGCAGCAGCAGCCCCAGCAGGCGCUGCCGCCACCAGAGGAGCCCGGGACUCCUUCCUCCUCCCCCGACGACAAGCUGCUGACCAACCCCAGAGCUAUCAACAAUCUGGUGCUGCAAGGCUGCUCGUCCAUCGGACUGCGCCUGGUGCUCGAGUACCUCUACACGGCCAACGUGACCCUCUCCCUGGACACGGUGGAGGAGGUGCUGUCGGUCAGCAAGAUCUUGCACAUCCCGCAGGUUACCAAGCUGUGUGUGCAGUUCCUCAACGAUCAGAUCUCGGUGCAGAACUACAAGCAGGUGUGCAAGAUAGCCGCGCUGCACGGCCUGGAGGAAACCAAGAAGCUGGCCAACAAGUACCUGGUGGAGGAUGUGCUUCUGCUCAACUUCGAAGAGAUGCGCGCCUUGCUGGACUCGCUGCCACCCCCCGUGGAAUCGGAGCUGGCGCUUUUCCAGAUGUCCGUGCUGUGGCUGGAGCACGACCGCGAGACCCGCAUGCAGCACGCGCCCGACCUCAUGAAGCGCCUCCGCUUCGCGCUCAUCCCGGCCCCGGAGCUGGUGGAGCGGGUUCAGUCAGUGGAUUUCAUGCGCACGGACCCGGUCUGCCAGAAGCUGCUUUUGGACGCCAUGAACUACCACCUGAUGCCCUUCAGGCAGCACUGCCGGCAGAGCCUGGCCAGCAGAAUUCGCUCUAACAAGAAAAUGCUGCUUUUGGUUGGAGGUCUGCCUCCUGGACCGGACAGGCUCCCCAGCAAUCUGGUGCAGUAUUAUGAUGAAGAAAAGAAGACCUGGAAAAUACUCACAAUUAUGCCAUACAACAGUGCCCACCACUGCGUUGUAGAGGUAGAAAACUUCCUGUUUGUGUUGGGUGGAGAGGACCAAUGGAAUCCAAACGGAAAACAUAGUACAAAUUUUGUCAGCCGGUAUGACCCCAGAUUUAAUAGCUGGAUUCAACUUCCACCCAUGCAAGAAAGAAGGGCAAGUUUCUAUGCAUGCCGCUUGGACAAACAUUUAUAUGUGAUUGGUGGAAGGAAUGAAACGGGCUACUUGUCUAGUGUGGAGUGCUACAACCUGGAUUCAAAUGAGUGGCGCUAUGUGUCUUCCUUGCCUCAGCCUUUGGCAGCUCAUGCCGGAGCAGUGCACAAUGGGAAAAUAUACAUUUCAGGGGGUGUGCACAAUGGAGAGUAUGUCCCGUGGUUAUACUGCUAUGACCCCAUAAUGGAUGUUUGGGCUCGAAAACAAGAUAUGAACACAAAACGUGCCAUCCACACUUUGGCUGUAAUGAAUGACCGCUUGUAUACAAUUGGAGGAAAUCAUCUGAAAGGUUUCUCCCACCUGGAUGUAAUGCUCGUGGAAUGCUAUGACCCAAAAGGCGACCAGUGGAAUAUUCUUCAAACUCCCAUACUGGAGGGUCGAAGUGGUCCUGGCUGUGCGGUGCUUGAUGACAGCAUUUAUCUUGUGGGUGGCUACAGUUGGAGUAUGGGGGCCUACAAGUCAUCUACAAUAUGCUACUGUCCAGAAAAAGGAACCUGGACAGAACUUGAGGGAGAUGUGGCUGAACCCCUGGCAGGACCAGCCUGUGCAACAGUAAUCCUGCCUGCCUGUGUACCCUACAACAAAUAGCAGCAGGAAGCUCUGGAACAGUGCCAUAUCCUAUGAAGUACUGACAGGUGACAUCUUUGAUUUCUGAUGACUUACAAGUAACUACAAAAGAAAGAGACCUGUUAUUGGGUGGAUAGUGUUGUCUAUAACUCAGAUCACACCCAACUUCCUUUGGUGACAGACUCUUCCAUUUCAGAUGUAUUCGCACUUGUUACAGCUAUACAAAAAUUCCUCACAUGGAUCUCACCUUUCAAAAGGAGAAAGAUAAGCUCCAGAAGACUGGCCCCAGUGACCUAAGACCAAGAUUGUACAUUGUAUUCUAACUGCAUGUGAUCAACGUUGAAGUUUGGGGGAUAUGUAUAUAUGAAUGAUUCAAAUUUGACCCACCAAAAUACAGUGCAUUCUAGAAAUUGUCAUUUUAUUGUGCUUUCCUAACCUUUGGUGACUUUACAGACUCCAUAGGGAAACACAGCUAUUGAAAAUCAAAGGACUAAAGUGGGACACUUUUGUUUAUGUACAAUUUUAUUCCACAUGGAUCAGGUCAUGUUGAGUUCUUGGCUUUCUGCCCUAUGAAUUCUAGGCUAGCCAGACUUCCAAAUUCUGUGUCCUCAAUUCCACUUGAAAGUUAAAACAAAGUAUAUUGUGUCAUUAUUCAGGUCAUGAAAGUUUAUGCUUUCUCAGUUUUUGCAGCAUUUUGAAUAGUGAACAUAUAUAGUAUUUGCUACAAAAAAGAACUGACAAACUUCUGUAAUAGAAUAUUUCAGAAAUUCUAUCGGAUCACACUUCUGUCCAAAACUUCAUCCAUAAUGAAAACUGAAAAAUAUUUUCAAGGAUUCAGGGCUGAAUUUUUUUUGUCUUAAGUACAAUCCCAGUUGUCUUUCCAUUCUUAAAGCAGCACCAAACACUUACAAAGCUAUAACACAUGACAACCUCCUUCUGCUCUUCCUCACUGUCACUUGACUCUCACACUCCAUUUAUUCUCAUUAUCUCCCUGCUCACACAUUCCCUUUGUUAUCACCAGAGAUGCCUGAAUUGGUUAAGUGGACAAUUACUGCUUGUCUUUAGGAGCAUGAAAAUGUCAAGAGAGCAUGAUAUAGUCUCAUUGUGGCCAAUCAGUAAAACAAAGCUGACAAGAAGUUAAAUCUGUAUUGCAAGCUCCUCUGAUCUUGACCAGCAACUGUUAGGAGUAUACAAAAGCCUAAAUAUUAUUUAAUCACCCAGAGAUGUUGAAUCCUUCUAUAAAUGUAACAUUGAAAAGACCACCUGGGGAAAGACACAGGAGAAAUGGUGAUAUACUUUCACUGUGGAGCAAGUGAGGACAGAUGAACAUCCAGGAAUCCAGUGCCAUUUCUACAGCAAAGUGCAAUCUUCAUUGUUUUUGUAUUUAUUUGUAUGUUCAGAUCCAAAGGAUCCAUUGUAAAAAUAUAGACAUAUGAACAUAUCUAUCCAGUGCAAUCACCUUUCAUUUCCUUUUCCUUAAAAACACAUGACUACAGAAUGAUUUCCAGGUUAGCUGGGACUAGAGUGAAAGCAAAGACAAUAAAAUCCAGGUGUGUGGUGGCUUUGUCUGUAAUCCCAGCACUUGGGAGGCUGAAGUAUAAGAGUCACCAUAAGUCCCAGAGAAGCCUAGACUCAGAGUAAGUUCUAGGUCAAAUAGUGAGAGCGUGCCUCAAAAACAAAAGUAAAUGAAUAUAUGAAAAUAAAGAAAAGUUACUGGAGUGUGAGAAAAUCCCAGCUGAUAUCAGAAGAAUGAGAUCUGUUUUAGAAACUUUUAUUGUCAGCCAUCACUAUUUCUUCCAAAAGUCACAGUUUAUACAAGGAUUUAUGCUUUCUUCAGACUUGUUCUUCACUUUAUUUUUAUCUCUAACCAAAAUAAAAACAUUUAUUAAAACUAUACUUAAAGCUUUCUGUAUUUCAGAAAGACACAAACUACUAGAAAGUGAAAAGUGAACAAAACGUCACAGAAUGUAAAUUUUGUACAGUAUUGGGAUAUAAAUGAAGCUUGCUUGGAAGGGGAAAACUUUAAAUAAAAACUUUAUGUACUAAUUCAA